GUUAUAUGAGAAAAGGUCGUAGCACUCAUAACUCAUGAGGAGGUUCAUGAUCCAUUUUCCAAAUCAACUCCCUUUACCUGUGAAUACGACCAUGGUCAGUCAUUUACUAUGUGGGGUGCAGCUGUGGUCGGCCAGUAAAAUAUUAAUAUUAUUAUAUUAUUGUUAUUAUUAUUAUUAUAGAAUAUAGUUAUGUUAUGUAGCAUCGCCACAGGUGGACCGGUUAAAUGACUGAUAAAAUACAAUUUUCUAUCUGCAACCAGUAUAGUAUAUUAAAAUAUUAAUCUGCAGUGACUAAAGWUAUAUAAAACAACAUUAUUUUUAUGUAUCUGUGCCAGUGAGGCAGUGACCGCUGGAAGUCGCUGGAGUAGUGAAGUACUCCAGUAGUCCAGUUGCCACCAUAGGACAUAGGAAUAUAGGAUAUCUACCUAUAAACUCUAUAAACUAGUUUAUAGAAUAUCUAUAACUGUCACAGAACAAUGCUGCUGCACGUUUGUUUCGUUUGGCUAGCAGUUGGCGACCUUGGAUAAAAUCGUAAACAAAGUUAAAAUGAUAAUAAAAAGACCGACUCUAAAUUUACUGAUUGUCUGAUUGUACCCGCGACGGUGAUUAGAAUAAUACGAAAUACAAGUUAGUAGUUCCCAUAAAUAGACUAAGACAUACCUAGCACCUUCUAUAUUUACUUAACCGUUUUCUACACUAAGUUCAACGCAGUGUUUUUGUUGUGAUAUUAUAUUUUUGAACCUUCAACAGUUUUAUAUUUAUGAAUAUAGAUGAGUAUUGACUACUGAGUAUCAAAACAUGAUUAUACAUCAAUUGGUUUUUUGAAAAAAUCGGAGUUUGGAGCCGAAUCUAUUUUAUUUUGCCAUAAUAAUCUACAACUGGUUUGGGGGUACAAUUUAGUAAAUAGUAAGUGAAUUUAUAUGAAUAAGUGCGAUGGACCAGCUGAUGGAAUGUUACUUAUCAACUAGCCGGAUCGCACUGCAAGCCAAGAGCAUUGAUCCGUUGACCUGGCAAAAAUUGCACACAUUAUUACCAAUAUUACAUGAGCAUCUAUCUUGUCGAGUAUGCCAUAAACUGCCUGACCAACUGAAUCCUUAUUUGGAUGGAUACGCCUGUACAGUGUGUGUGAAUAAUCAGAUAAGUGAAAACAUGUCCAGCACGAUAUUACAAUGCUACAAGAAACUGUGUGCUUACAUACAUAGUUCGCCACUGUACAAAGUUAUGUGCACAAGAGUUGAAGAUAAGCGGUUAGUCGAAUUAAUUACUGAAGUUAUUGGUGUAUCUCGAUCAGUUAAUGGCUACAGUGAAAUGGUAAAUGGUACAGUAAAUAAACAAGAUACUAAAGAAGAGGUUAGUAAAGACGGUAUUAUGUUAAUCUCGUCAUCAGAUAUUCAACUGCCCACUGAAAACCAAACAUCAGAGGAUUUUAUUAACUUACAAAUAUUUGAUGAAAAAUCCCAGAAACACAAAAUUCAAAAUCAAUCUGUAUUCAACAAUAUUCCUAGAAAAAAGAAAAAUGAACGUCGUUGGGGUUGUCGAUGUGGUAAUGCUACAACUACUCCUGGCAAGCUAACAUGUUUUGGACAGAGAUGUCCCUGUUAUACAGAACAAAAAUCUUGUGAUCGWUGCAAAUGUAGAGGGUGCAGAAAUCCUAGACAGAAGAGAUCAAAUAAUGAUGACAACUUAGAAAUAGAUAGAGUACGUCGGAAACCAGUGACCUUAGAAUUAGUAUCUUCACUCAAACCUUCGCAUCAUAAAAACAAACAGUCUUUUAGUUCUUAUACAAUGCACGAUAUGUUAACAUUUUCUUCACACAGUAACAAUUAUGACCAAGGUGAAACUGAAGACAAACUUGGACAUGUGAACUCUAUAUUCCAUUCUCCUUAAGUAACCAUCAUUGAAGAUUAUCAAGUGAAACUAGUACUGUAUGCUUAUCAGCUUAUCUGAAGAGUAUUUGGUGGUGUUGUAUACUAUUAACAACAGAUAUGUUACCUUCAACUUAUCAACUUAAAUAGUUACUAUAAUUGACUCUUGUUUCUUGGUACCUUAAUUUUUUUUUAUUCGGUAUCAGCAUAUUAUUAUUAUUGAAUUUUCACAAAUAUUUAAAAAAACGUUGCUACAACUAUGUUAUAUGUAUCAUACCAUUUUUAUUAUUCGAGUAAUAUAAAUAUAAUUAAKAAGAUGCUA